AUGGAUAGACGUUUAUCUAGAGAGAGUUUUUUAGUUUCAAACAACAACUACAACAACAACAACGAUAUUAACAACGACGAUGACAACACAGUCGACACAAAAACAUUCGCUCCAAAUAUCCGAUUCCCAAUCUCGUAUCGUAUACAUCACGGCUCUGUUCACCAACCCGUACCUCAGUAUGAAGUUACGGAAAUUAAAAAACUUCUUAACACGGGUGACUAUUACGAGAGGGAUGAUUUGAUUUCAACAGAGAAAUAUAUAAAUCCUAAAAUAUAUCCUAUCGAGUCUAAGGAGUUUUCAGCGGCUAUAAAGAUGAAAAGUAAGAGAUUCAAUAAUAAUCUGGAUGGAAAUGACUUGAUUACAUUUCACAGGAAUCGUCUCAUUGAUGCUAAGAGUGAAGAUAAUUUCGACAAAACACAAACCAGUAGACAAAAAAUUUUGCAAAACAAUUGCGAUGACGAGAGGAUAUCAGUUCCAGAUUACAAAAAUUUGGUUGGAUAUAUAUGCCACACGCCUACUGGACAACCACCUCCACUAAAUCUUCCAACUGGUGAACCUGAAAAGUCAAAGCAAAAAAUCAUCUACAGCGAUCUAACUGCAUCUAACUCUUCUAGUAAUUCAACAAAAAUGAUAGUUAUGCUAACUGACGACGAAGAUGAUGGUGAAAAUGAUGAAGAUGAUGAUGGAGAUGAUGAAGAUGAUGAUGAAAAUGACGACCUAUACAAGAUUUCUUUCAAUGUUAAACAUUUCCUCAGAAAACACAACAAUUCACCAGUCGGUACUUAUGACGAAGAGAUAUUAUCAAUCCAGAAUCACAUCGGAACAGAGAAAUAUGUAUGUCAGACGCCGAAAAAACAACCAACCUCGCCUAAUCACUCCACAACUAGUUCAUCAAAGCCGGAAAUAAUUCACAAAACUCUAUCCCAGUUGUUAAAUGAUUCGGACAAGGAAAUUAACGAUAAUAUAGAUAGAGGUACUAAUGGUGGGGCUAGUCUCAGAAAAAUAAAUGCCCCUUGCCAUGAGGGUAGCACUCCGGCAAGACCAAGACCCCCACAUCACAACGACAAUGUUGAGAAAUUUUACAACAAAAGUGCUAGCAACAAUCCAGUUCAGCCUACUUUCUCACGUUCUCUAGUUGCCAUUCCUUCUCUUCUUACAAAUCUUCAGACAAACGCUACAGAAAUAAGCGCAACUAUUUUCCAACAUGCUGAUGUACUAAAACAUCAAAAAGUAAGAAACCCUGAAAUUCCUCCAAGGAGAAUAAAAAAACCAGGCGUAUGUUACUCUCAGCUAAAAUAUAACCCACCCAAACACCCAACAAAAUUUGGCGUGGGCUAUUUUCAACAGCAGAAUAGUCCCCCCGAACCCCGGCUAAUGUAUGAACAACAUGCCCCUUUAAGCCGUCCCUGUAGCUCGUCGCCAGAUUACGUUAAUUUAAAAGAUUUGUAUGAAUUGAAGACCUACCCAAAAGCACCACGUUUUAGAAUUUCCCCGUAUUUUUUAACUUUUUCCAAGAAUGAUUCCAAAAAUGGCGAAAAUAUAAAGCUUAACUGUAAUAACGAAAUGAUGGGUAGUCCAUUGACUUACCCAGCUGAGUCAGUGAAUGACUGUUACACUAAAAUGCCCAUGCCAAUAGAAGUUCCAAUUCUUCCAGAUCUCCAAUCAGGAAAUUUUUACUUGAAUCCUGUAAUGUCGGUAGUGAAACAGGAAAAUGUGAAAUGUAAUGAAGCGCCAAAAAAGGAAUGUAGCAAUCAGCUCAUCUCCCCGCCGUCUGUCCCGCCAAGAACUUUUUCAAAAAAUGGCGGGAAAUUUUUUGGAAAAAUUAUUUUUCAUUUCCAAACAACAACUAAAGAGCAACAACAGCAACAAGGUUAUAAACUAGGAUAA